GCAGUCAGUGCCCUCAUGAGCUCGACCAUGCUCAGAGAGCAGCAGUACUUGCAUGCAGCUGGCCACCGCCUCGCAUUGCACUGCGCUUCAGCUCGCCGCAGGGAUUAUGUAGACCUGCGCACACUAAUGGCACUAUGAUGGCUACUCGCCGCAUGCAUGCGCUAACAUAACACUAUUCAUACCGACAACUAUGAAUCAUGCAUCUGACGCUUCUCUUCAUUUUUCUCGUGAGCAUCCUCGUUUCCGGGUCGUCUGUAACGACAACGCCGCGAGAGGAGAAUGAGUCUGUUAGGGAUGCUGUUUCAGUGCGGGUGGAGCAGGAUGCCACUGCACCACCUUCCAAACACAAUGGGAGCGCUCAGGAGGCCGAACACACCAUCACAUACCCCUCUCGCCUCAUUUACUACAUGAACGAGGAAUCUGAGAGCACUUACCAUAACCUGAACACUCAGGCCAAGAUCCCGGGUCAGCAGGGCCAGCCAGUCCAUUUGGCUCAAGCCAGUUUUCAGCUUGAGGCUUUUGGAUCCAGAUUCAUACUAGACCUCAUAUUAAACAAUGACCUACUAUCCUCUGAUUAUGUGGAGAUUCACUAUGAGGAAGGAAAACCCAUCACGUCUAAGGGUGGAGAGCACUGUUAUUAUCAUGGCCAGGUGAGAGGGAAUGAGGCAUCUCGUGUAGCCCUGUCAACCUGUGACGGAUUGCACGGCAUGUUUGAUGAUGGUGUUUAUGCAUAUUUCAUUGAGCCUUUGAAGCACUCAAUUGAUGGAGCGGCUAGACCCCACAAACUGCACAGGGCACCCAGCUUUCUAAGCUUUCAGCACCUCAAGGAUGCAGAUGAGGAGGACCAGCUGGAUGACAUGGCUUGGCUGCGACGCAGGAAAAAGCGUGCUAUGCCAAGGAAUGUGUUUGAGGAGAUGAAGUAUAUCGAGCUCAUGAUUGUCAGCGACCACAAUAUGUUUAAAAGACAUAAGACCAAGCAGCAAAUGCGCAACUUUGCAAAGUCUGUGGUCAAUCUGGUGGAUGGUGUCUUUAUAGAACAAUUGAACACACGUGUGGUCCUGGUUGGUAUGGAAGUAUGGACAGAUAAGGACCGUAUGCCAAUCACUGUGUUGCCUCUGGACAUGCUGCGAGACUUCUCCAAAUACCGACAGCAGCACAUAAAACAGCAUGCAGAUGUAGUGCACUUGUUCUCUAAUGUGACGUUUCACUACCGUCAGAGCAGCGCUGCGUUCUUCGGGGGCAUGUGUUCACUUAGCCGUGGGGUCGGAGUCAACGAGUAUGGAUCUGCAUGGACUGUAGCUGUCGCACUGUCCCAGAGUCUGUCUCAGAACUUAGGCAUUCAAUGGGAUCCUGUAAACACCAAGAAUAAGGAGUGUGGCUGUGUUGAUUCAUGGGUGGGUUGCAUCAUGGAGGACACAGGAGUGCAGCACCCACGAAGGUUUUCUAAGUGUAGUAUUUCAGACUAUAAAGAGUUCCUUCUGAAAGGUGGAGGAUCAUGCCUCUUCAACAGGCCCAACAAGCUCUUCGAGGCGACAGAAUGUGGGAAUGGCUAUGUGGAGGUGGGAGAGGAGUGUGACUGCGGCGUAAGAGCUGACUGCUAUAAAGAAUGCUGCAAGAAGUGUUCUUUGUCCAACGGAGCGCACUGUAGUGACGGGCCUUGCUGCAACAGCACCUGUCUGUUUUACCCAAGAGGCUUCAGCUGCCGCUAUGCAGUGAAUGACUGUGAUAUUUCAGAGACCUGCUCAGGAGACUCUGGACAGUGCCCUCCUAACCUCCACAAACAGGAUGGCUCAUUAUGUCAUCUUGACCAGGGACGCUGCUAUAGUGGAGAGUGUAAGACCAGAGAAAGCCAAUGCAAAUACUUAUGGGGUCCAAAGUCUGGAGGGUCAGAGAAGUUCUGCUAUGAGAAGUUGAACACAGAAGGAUCCGAAAAAGGGAACUGUGGAGAAGAUGCAGGGAAAUGGAUCCAGUGUGGAAAGCACGAUGUAUUCUGUGGGUAUCUGCUAUGUACUAAUGUUGGACCAGUGCCCCGCAUUGGAAGAGUAAGGGGAGAGAUCACAUCCACAUCCUUUAACCACCAGGGCCGACUGAUUGAAUGCAGUGGUGGUCACGUGUUCUUGGAUGACCAAACUGAUCUGGGUUACGUGGAGGAUGGGAUGCCAUGUGGGCCGUCCAUGAUGUGCCUUGACCGUAAGUGUCUGCCCAUCCAAUACUUCAACAUGAGUGCCUGUCCUACCGGGCCCAACGGCCGCAUCUGCUCAAACCAUGGGGUUUGCAAUAACGAGGCGACGUGUACGUGUGAUGUGACGUGGGCGGGGACUGACUGCAGCAUCCCCGACCCCCCUAAAGAGCCUCCUUCCAGUGAAGAUGAUGAACCACGGGCAAAUGUGGCCACUAACAGGCUGAUAGGGGCUCUAGCAGGGACUGUUCUGGCCCUGGGGGUUCUGUUUGGAGGAACUGGGUGGGGACUUGAAAACGUCAAAAAGCGAAGGUACGACCCAAAUGCUGCAGCCAUCUAGUGGAGAAGAUGGACGGUGAGCCUCCGAAGCUUCUUAAGUAAUCUACAGCUGGACUACAAUUUUUGCUGCUCUUUCUGGCAUUAGUUAAAAAGUAUAAAAUAAAAAUAUGAUAUACAGUAGAUGACAAACCACAUAUUGGUUAUGUAGAACUGCAGCUUCUCAGCUCUGCCCUAUUUUAAAUCCCAAGCUCACUGAGAUGGUUUACUUUCCAGGCCUCAUAUUUCAUAACGACCAAUCCCACACUUAUCAUCUCACCAAACCGCAGAGCACCAGCUACUCUGACACCCUGGCCAAAGGGCUGCAUGGCUAUCUAUGCUUACUGAUACCUCCCUCAGAAAGGGAAAGGAGAAAAUGACCUUUCACACUUAUAGGAGAACAAAUAUGCCAUUAUUCUGCUCACUCCACUGCAGUUUCUCUGGGACAGAUUGUAAAUCACCACAGACUGCGACUUCCUCAGAGGUUUGUUACAUCAAGUUGAACCCAGCUGCAUAUAGGCCUUAACAUAUUACACAUAUCAUAAUGAGACAUGGAGUAGACGGGACUGUACUGCUGCACAGGCAGAGAAUGAGUUAAGGUGCUGAUCUGUAAGAUCAUUUUACGCUGACUGUUUCAGCAUUAUGUUUUUGAUGCUUUUGAUAGAGCAUGUUGUAUCGUAGGCAUAGUUUGAAACAGUCAUACAAGCAAUUUUGCUCUUUCAUGUUCAACACAAAUGUAUAACUAUAGUUUUAAAUCUCCUCAGAAUAAGAUGUGCUGUAUACAAAUAUCUAUCAGGUGAGGGAUUGCCGAAGGCAUCAAGCUGGAUAAGCUGAUAAGAUACCGCUUGAAGUUGUCGAGUUUGAUCUUGACAGUGACCUAAAGCCAAAGAAAUAUUUGCAGGCAUUUGGGGUGUCUAAUAGAGAACACCUUUCCCCUUGUAAUAUGUAGUGUUAGACAAGGAAGAGGCUUAUUGGCUUAGGAGCCAGUUAAACAAAGAAAAACAAAUCACUGACAUUUUGCCAGAUGAUAUUCUAGGCAGAUGUCAAGUAACGGUAAUUCAAAAUAGGAAUAAUAUAAUGUAUAAGCUUGAAGAUCUUUCAAACUCCUCCGUUUCUGAAUCAAUUAGUCUAAACUGCUGAGUAGUGAAAAUGUAGAAAAUUACAAGACCUGUCAUAUUUGACUUGAAUUUGAAUGCUGCUAAACAGUUUGGUUCCCUGGAAGACUGAAAAUCUUUAUAGACAUUAUACAGACACAUACAUGUUUCACUCUGACCUUAGAUAAGGUCUUGUACCAAUUAUGUGGCACUUCAUUUAGCUCUCUCUGCUAAGGCUGUAGGGUGUAAUCGCUUUGCUGCAUGCAUUCACAAUAGUUGACUAUGUACAGCCGUCCCCAAACCACUAAGAAACUUAUGCUACAGAAGGAUGUGUGUGCAUGUCAGCUACAGAACAUCUAACUUUUAUUUACUAUGCAAAAAAAAAAAAUCUUGCACAAAAUCUCUUUUAAAGAGUUAUUGGAUGUGAUCAUAAACUCAAUGCCAUUAUAUACAAAAAAGAUUGCCAUCAAGGCCAUCUUCUUCUUCUUUUUUUUUAAUAUUAGCCAAUCUAUUAAAUGCAUUGUUGUGCUUCAUACUAAAGAAGAAUGUUUGACAGAAUUCAUGUGGGUGUGGAAUGAAUGUGUUUUAAUUUAACGAGAGUGAAUGUAUUGUGUCGGGUUUUGAAUAAAUCCGCUGAUUAUUUCCUUGUCUGAUAUUUCAGGUGAGGUUUUAAGAUCUCACUUUUUAAAAAUGUAAUGCUUUAUUUUUCAUUAAUUACUGACUAGUCCUCAGUUGUGAGCAGAGGGCAAACACACUUACCACCUUUACUCACAGUACAUGUACAGAAGUUCAAUCAAAUUAAAAGAAAAGAUCAAUAAACUUAAAAUGUUUUCAAUUUCAA